CUCUUCCCUCCUCUCGAUAGCUUUUUUACGCGACACACAUCUUGCAUUUGCGGCCACAAAACACUCUCGAUGAGCGACGAUGAAAAUAUCUAUUAUUCUUCGGAUGUCGCAGACGAAGAAGAUCGAAUCCAGUCAAGCUCGAGUCAACGCAAAAAGAAAGGGAAAACGAGCGCCACUGAAGAGUACAAGUUGACGAAUACGUUGAAGGCACCGAGAGCAACCACUUAUGCUGCCUCAUCCUUGAAUGAACAAAUCACUCGUGGUGACAUCGAGCUUAACCCAGAAUACCAGCGCGACGUCGUGUGGUCAACUCAGAAACAAAUAGGCUUGAUCGACUCGAUAUUCAGAAAUUUCUACGUACCGCCUAUCAUAUUUGCUACUACAUCCCACGAAGAUGGCUCAGAAACCAAGACGUGUAUAGAUGGAAAACAACGUUUGACCUCAAUUCACCUUUUCAUGAAUGGUGUUAUUCCACAUCGCGACGCAGAUACCGGCAGGCAGUACUGGUUUGACAAUGCCAAUAGCAAGCAAAGAGAACUAUUGCCAGAAAGGUACCGGUCGAUAUUUUCGAACAAGCAAAUCGUUUGCGUAGAGUACCAAGAGCUGAAGGAUACUGAUGAGCGGGACAUCUUUACUCGCGUCCAACUCGGGAUGGCGCUGACUGUAGCCGAAAAACUUCAAGCUAUCUCAACCCCUCGAGCAGACCUUAUACGGCAUCUCAUGCAGACCUUUCUCACACCAACAACACUGACCCAUCCGGAUAUCCCAUGGGAUCGCAGUCGAGGAAGAGAUUUUCAAAUAUUGGGCACUGUGAUAUAUUCCCUGUUCAAAUGGGAUAAGCAUAUGGGACUGAAAACAUGGGUUUCGACUGUGGUACUGGAGAAGUGGCUGAAUGAAGCCGAGACGUCGAGAAAGAAGCCAAGUCGCUCUAGCCAUGGGGAGGAUGGAGAUGAACAUACCGUUUUACGAAUUGGUGUACCAGUGGAUGAAGGUUUCAAAGAUGCGGUUAUCCGUACCUUCGAGACUGUCGUGAAGUUGGCAACCACGAAACGGUACAGUUCACCUUUUCGAGCUUCAAAUUCCAUUGCACUAAAAGUCUCCCCCAUCGAAAUGGCUGGAGCAUUUAUCUUGGUACACGUUGUUCACACCGCUCCUCCCAAAACGUACAAGAAGGAGGUCACUCUCGCGGGCUUGAGUGCCUUGUACGUUCUGUUGAGGAAGAAACUUCGUGAUGAGCACCAGGAUAUCAGGUCGAACGGCAAAGUCGGUCGAACUAUGGUGGAAUUUUGUUUGGAGGCAUCCAACGAUCCGGUCACCACUAUAGUCAUGGGCGAAGACGAAGGGUUAUUAGAGGGAGAAGUAGAAGAUGACGCUAAGUGGACGAGAUCGAGGGAGCGCGUCUCCGAGAAGAGAACUAAAGUCGAGCGUGCACGAGCUCGAGCUCAGAAGGAAAGCACUGACGAGGAAGGAGAGCAGUUGGAAGAUGAAGAAAUAACUCUCCCGGUGAAAAGGAGACGAUCAUCCGGGGGUUCGUUGUUAAAGGGUCGUGCUUCGGGCUCGUCUUCUCUCAGGUCGGCGAACCAUUAUUCCGACCAGAGUGCCCCUACGGACGCAGGGAAAGCCAAGAAGAAGCCGAGCAAGCUCAGCCGUGUAGCACUCCCUACCCCUCCCUUACCUUCUCCGGGGCGUGCUCUGAAAAACUUGUUGAGCUCAAGAGCGCAGGAGUCUCCUUCACCACCACCUGACGAAGUUCGAGCUAGUUCGUCCGACGUUCCAACACCAUUCGCCAUUCCAUCUUUACCUCUGUCUUCAUCUCCUUCUCUAUUGACACCCUGUCGUUCCACUCCCCCUUCCACGCCAACGGCUCCACCUCAGGCACCAACGCCUGAACAAUUGCUCGCUGCAAUGGGGGUUUCGGUACCAACUGCGAUGAUACCUACCAUGAUAGCUCAGAUGAAAUCGUUCGUGCAAGGAGCGACACAGACAUUGCCUGACCCCUCCCCAUCUCAGGCCGUUCCCAUACCUCCAACAGGCGAAGUUCGCGGUCAAACCCUAUCGUCAACGGUGAAAGAUGAAGGUGAAGAUCCUGCUGAGGGUUUUGCUGCCGAACUGGCUCAGAACAUCGGAUGUGGUGCUGUUUCAACGGACGUUUCUUGAUCAAAUUCUGUGUUCGAAUCUAUUUUCUCUUCUCUUGCUCUCCUCCUUUAGUCCGCAUCUUAUACCCGCUUUACUGCAUCCAAUCCAGCUGUCGUUUUGUACGCGAUGAUAGCUGAUGACAUCUUCUUGCACGCGAUUAUCUCUCGCUCGUUUGACACCCGCUUCUCAUGUUUCCAUGUCAAUUCCUGUUCAUCAUUGUCCAUACUGUAAUCGAUGAUGGUGUGCUCCCUAACUACACUGCCCCCAAAUUCAGAAUUCGACAUCCGCGGCGUAGGAACGCCCCCCCACCCUCAGUCCGCCGAUCAUUUAUUCAGAUCCGAUGAGUUUCCGACGAAAUCUUGAAUGCCUUGUAUGCACAAUUCCUUCCUCUCUAUUCUCGCAAACUCUCGUGCGUACUUGAAGGACUCGGACCCGCUUCUUACUCAUUUGGUGUACACCAGAAUGUUGAAUAUUUGUUGAGAUAAUACGAUAUCUUCAUACCCC